AUGGUAGAUUUGAAAUUCACAAACGCUAUCGGUCAAAUAGAAGCAGCCAAUGUCACCCCGUGUGGUGAUUGCUGUGUCAAGUACGAGACUGACGAUGGUCCUGGAAACCUGGACAACGGAACAUACACCGGACCAUUAGGAGAUCAGCCGUGUUCGGAUGAUGCUCCCGAAUACGCGAAGAUACGCGACGGAAUCUUGCUCACUACUGGAAAUUGUAAUGGAACAUUCGUCGCAGACUGUGGCUACAUCAGAACAGUUCGAAACUACCUCGGACCAACUUCCUCUGCAACACGUAAAACACCGAAACUUUUCCUUCUACUAGCUCUUGGAUUCCUUACAAGCUCAGUUGCAGCAUUUGAUGUUCUCGGCAUAGUAUCUGGCAUACUAGGAAUCGUUAGCUUUGCGCAACAAAGCGCUCCAGACCCCCUCCCACAACCAGCAAUGAAAGUACGCUUGGGUCUUAACGGUGUGAAUGGUGGUUUGAAAAAUGCAGGAGGUGGUUUACCAAUGGCGAAAGCGUUUGACUACAAUGGUCGACAAAUCGCUCAAAACUUCCAUCAGACAUGGCCAGGCUUGAACAGAGGCUCAGGAGAAAUUUUUGACAUUGAGUUUGACGAAUCCCCGCAACUUCAAGUUCAGAAUUGGGAGCUCCACGCUCAAACUGAUGGGACGGCGCUUGGUUAG